CCCAGCUCAUGCAAUGACACGUCGAACACUUUAUUUGGCGCAUCUGCGAAGAGACUGCGCACCAGUCGCAGUCCUUGUGGGAUCAGGGCGCAUCUCGUGUUGGAGCAAUGACCUCACAACGAGCAAAGGUGGUGCUGUCACUGGGUGCUGAAACAGUGUGCUCACUCAAAGAAGGAGUCAACUUCAAGAAAAACCCACAGGACGGUAAAUGUUACAUCAUAUUCAAGAGCGACAAUGGCUUCAGAGCGUGCAAGAACCAAUGCAAACACCAGGGAGGGCUGUUCAUCAAAGACAUCGAAGACCUGGGUGGCAUGACUGUUAAGUGCACUAAGCACAACUGGAAGUUAAAUGUGUCCACGAUGAAAUAUGUGAAUCCACCAGACAGCUUUUUGCAGGACGAGCUCGAGGUGGAGCUUUCUGAAGAUGGAAGCCUUCAGUUGAUUGAGUUGAGCCCCAUCGACCCCUGGCUGGCUGACCCUCGAGAGGCUGUGCAGCUCCAGGAUGGAGAGGUGAAAGUGACGUACUUGACCCACGCCUGUAUGGAGCUGAAGCUUGGACAGAGGCGGUUCAUGUUUGACCCGUGGCUGAAGGGUCCUGCAUUUGCCAGAGGCUGGUGGCUUCUCCAUGAGCCUCCAGCAGACUCCCUGGACAGACUGUGUGCAGCUGAUCUCAUCUACAUCAGCCAUAUGCACUCCGACCACCUCAGUUACCCGACGCUGAAAGUCUUGUCAGAGCGGAAACCAGAUAUCCCAAUUUAUGUUGGUGACACAUCCAGACCAGUCUUUUGGUAUAUGGAGCAAAGCCAAGUCAAGCUGACAAACAUCCAUGUUGUUCCUUUUGGUGUCUGGAAUAAUAUUGACGCAGACCUAAGGUUUAUGAUCCUGAUGGAUGGAGUGCACCCUGAAAUGGACACCUGUAUCAUUGUUGAAUAUAAAGGUCACACAAUCCUGAACACCGUGGACUGUACCAGGCCAAACGGGGGCAGGUUACCACAGAAUGUGGACUUGAUGAUGAGCGACUUCGCUGGGGGGGCAUCUGGAUUCCCCAUGACUUUCUGUGGUGGGAAAUACAGUGACUCCUGGAAGGCAGAAUUUAUCAAGAACGAAAGGAAGAAGCUGCUGAAUUACAAAGCUCUGCUGGUGAAGUCCCUGCAGCCGGCAAUUUACUGCCCGUUCGCUGGCUUCUUUGUGGAGGCCCAUCCAUCAGACAGAUACAUCAGGGAAACAAAUGUUAAGAACAGUCCCGAAGACCUGAAUGCUCUCAUCAAUAAGUUUGCACCAGACAUCAAGACAUGGACGCCCAAGCCGGGUGCUGUGCUGGACCUUGGCCUGGCUCUGAGAGACCCCACCAACAGUGGGGCCAUCACCAAUCCCUCAGACAGUACAAAAAUCUACAAGGACAGUUGGGAUUUGGAUCUGUAUGUGGAUGAACUGAACAGAGCAAUCAACUGUGAGAUAUUUAAACAUCAAAGCUGGACCCAGUUUUAUUACACCUGGGCAGGCUUCCAAAACUACAACCUUGUUGUGAGGAUGAUUGAGACAGAUGACAGCUUUGAGCCCCAUGCUGACGGCAGUGACUACCUGGUGGACUUCUUGGAUCUGACGUUCCCCACAAAGAGACCUGAGCGGGAGCACGCCUACAUAGAGAUUAAAAACAGGAUUGGGGUGAUGAGAUAUGUGGUGCAGCAGGGUCUUCUCUGGGACGAUCUGUACAUCGGCUUCCAGAACCGCAUACGCAGAGACCCAGAUGUCUACCACCACAAGUUCUGGAACCACUUCCAGACGCAGCUCCCAGUUCGCAGGCCAGACUGGGACCAGUUCCUGCAGGAGAUUUCCCUCCAGGAGCCUGACACAGCAGCUCGGGGCCAAGGAGCUAAUUGUGUAACGUCUUGAAAAACAGAUGUGUUUCUGGAGAUUAUUUGUCUUCUAUUACUGGCCUGUAAUCAUUUAAUGGGUUUGUCUAAUUUAAUCUAAAACUGGAGAUAAUUUGUGUGCUACUCUGUAAUCAAUUAUACAUGAAAGUAAUGAAAGAAUGAAAGGAUCAGCCUUAUUUACCACUUAAUGUUUCUUUUGAUUGCUUAUAUUUUGUUAAGCAUUUCCUCCUUUGCAAAUAUCUAUGUAUCUUAUGCACUAUUUAAUAAAUGAGCCCCAAGGUGUUUUAUGGCUAGAUGACAUUCUCAGGUAAAGAAGGGUUUUUAUUUUUAAAUGUGAUUUGCAAAGUCACACAUAGAGGAAUGAGGUGUGAUGAGCUGCAAUUAUUUUAGUUUAUAAUCCUGCUAGGAGUCAUUUGUUGGGCGUCUAGUUUUAUUGAAAGGGGAUAUGUUUUUUUGUAUAAUUUAUAAUAAAUCAUUAUUGUAUUGAGUAGUUUCAGUAAUAAAUUGAAUGAUUAACCACUU